AUGGACUCCUGCUUCUUCGGAAAACUCACUGCUCUCGAGCAACGCCAACUCGACGACGCGUUUCACCCCGAACGCCAAACCAUCACCGACAAGUUCAGGAGCAUCAAGGCAGACACAAUGGCGGAUAUGAGAUACCAGUGGUGGAGGACCAAGAACACUCUUCAACGCAUCCCUUCUUGGAUCAACAACCGGAACUCCAAGUUCUAG